UAAACAAAUCUGAAAUCUGAACAGACAAAAAUGAAUGAUAUAAUAUAUUAAAGUUUGUUGAUAUUAGGCCAUAAUUUUCAAAAAUGAUAAUAUUUUCGAAAAGAUUAUUCCUUCUGUUAAUUUUACUCAUUCAACUUUACUCUUUUGGUCUCUUUCUUCUGGGAUUCUUUCCUUUAAAACAGUCCCUGCCCGGUACAGGCGAAAACCGAAAUUUGACACUGAACACACAUGUGAUUUCUUAUCCAAAGAAGCUGUAUAACCGAACUGUUAUAGUUUUAAUUGAUGCUCUUCGAUCAGACUUUAUAUAUGAACAUGAACAAAUGUCAUUUGUGAAUGAACAAAUUGGAGGGGGAAAUGCUGAUUGGUACAUUGUGAAAGCACACCCGCCAACAGUCACACUACCAAGAAUUAAGGCGCUGACGUCUGGGACAAUACCUGGCUUUGUAGAUGUUGUGUUGAACUUUGACUCAAAGUCACUAACAGAAGACAAUCUGAUCACGCAAGCCUACAGUUCUGGUAGGAGAGUUGUGUUCUAUGGAGAUGAUACAUGGAUAAAGUUAUUUCCUGGUCGUUUUGUUAGAAGCGAUGGGACAACAUCAUUCUUUGUUACAGACUAUACAGAGGUUGAUGAUAAUGUAACUCGACACAUUGAUACUGAGUUGUCUGCCCUUGACUGGGACCUGAUGAUUCUGCACUACCUUGGAUUAGAUCAUAUUGGCCAUACUGUAGGCCCAACCAGCCCUUUAGUUCAACCAAAAUUACAAGAAAUGGACAAUAUUAUACAGAAGAUCUACAAAACACUAGAAAAACAGGCAUGCGGUAAUUUAUUACAGGGAGAGAAUUUUCUUAUCCUAGUGUGUGGUGACCAUGGGAUGUCAGACCAGGGUAGCCAUGGUGGGGCAUCAGACAGGGAAGUGCUUGUACCAGCAGUAUUUUUAAGCCCGUCUUACAAAAAUCGAGACAAAACAUGGAAGAGUCAGAGAGACAUCCUGCAAAUAGAUCUCGCUCCUACAUUGUCAGUUUUGAUGGGAUUGCCUAUACCAAACAACAAUCUGGGUCAGGUGCUGGUAGGUGCCCUUGAAGGUCUUAGCGGUGAAGAGAAACUUAGUGCCAUGUAUAUCAAUAGCCAGCAAAUAGUGAAACUGAUGGAGAAAAGUGUUCCAGAUUUUGAUAAAGACAGCAGCUAUGACCUUUACCUUCAUGCUGUAAAUCUUCACAAGUCAUAUCUUGAUGACGUAACCAUGCGUUCUAAGACAGAUGUUUCACAGAUUUUACACAGGUACGAGUCUUCGAUGGAAGCCAUGUCUAGGAAGAUAUCUGGUUCCCUGACAACCUACAACUUAUAUGGCAUGUUACUGGCUACCUUGUUGUUGUCUCUGACACUGGUGGCUUGCAUACUGUCUACAGUAUCUAACAGUCAGUCAGUGUCCAUCUUGCUGUCACCACCUGCUAUAAUAGUAAUAUCGGUAUUGGUCAUCUUUGGUCACAUGACAUGCUGCACCAGCCAAUCAUUUCACAGCACUACUCUUUGUGGGAGGAGCUUCACAAAUAUUGUAAUGCAGCUGAUUGCUUUUGGAAGCAUUCUGUUUUUAACAAUGAUGGUAUUAUCUGUUCGUCUGCUGCACACAAAGUCCAAGUGGUUUCCAAAGUCCACUCUGACCAGGCUUCUGUGGAUAGGCACAAUAUUUCAUACUUUAAGUUUUGGUUCAAGCAGUUUUGUUGAAGAAGAACAUCAGACAUGGUAUUUCUUUGUAAUGACCUUUAACCUUGUUGCCAUGGCAGUGCAGGUCAGGGGUCAUGUGACUUCAGUCUGGUUGAAUAUUUUCCAAAAAGAAAAGAUUUCUGGCUCGGGUAAAGCUUCUUGUGAUAAAUUGACAGAAGAAUUGACAAAUGGUGACAUGUAUGAACAAAUAGGAACUUUGAACAAAAAUGGUGGAAAAGAAUCUCGGUGCAGAAAUUUUACAAACUGUAAACAGAAAAAAUCUCAAGUGCCUUCAGGUGAUUUUGAUCAAACUUUACAUCUUUCUGAUAAUAUUAUAUCUAAGCAUUCCAUAUUUUCUCUACCUUGGAGGUAUCUGUUGCCAUGGAAACAGAUAGCUGGAAUUUUUACAGCGAUGUUGCUAGGGAGAUGUAUGCGUGCAAUUAAUCAGACGGGGAACAAAUGGUUGGAUACCCCAGACCUUGCAGACUGGUUAAUGCUGCCACAGAACAAAGGAGCCUUGUCCAUUCUGGUGUUUGGAUCUCAUUUAGUUAUUUUGUUUGCUAGUGGAGUACAGUGUGAUAUCGAGUAUGCAUGUUUUAUUGUUGGACAAUAUACAUGCUAUAAAUACAGAGUUACUACUGGCGCAGUGAAUACAUUUUGGGAUAUAAACACAUCUAGCAAUUUUGUGUCAAAAGGCAUUAUUGAAGCAAGAGUUGUAUUCUGUGUAGUUUUAUUCAUGAAUCUCCUAACCCUGAUCAAAUGGUGCCGUCUGCUGCAGAACAAGUUCCUUCUACUCUCAGAAAAGAAAAGAAAAAGGGGACUCCUUGCGCUAAAAUCAGUGCAAACUUUACAAAGGUCAUGGAUUUUAUUAAUGACCUUGUUGCUAAGAACCCACAAUACAUCUUUGGUUGCCAUGGUGAUUGUACAAGAAGUGUUGCUAUGGAGAUUUGUGGUAGGGAAGAUCAGAUUGUCAGCUAACUACCUGGCAGUAUUCUGUUGGUGGAUGGGACAAGCUGUCUUCUUUCAACAGGGUAAUUCUAACAGUAUUUCAACAGUAGAUGUGUCGGCAGGCUAUGUGGGGCUACAGGACUACCAGCCUGUGUUGGUUGGACUUCUUCUGUUCUGUUCAACCUAUGCGGGUCCUAUAUACUGGCUUAUAUCUCUUGUUAAAUAUAUCCUGCUUCUCAGGGUAGAGCAGGAUAACAUGGGAAAUGAACAAGAAAGGCAUAUAGUGAAAGAAAGUUCCAAAACAGGCACAGGCACAGGCACAAGUAUAAAGACUGACUUGCUAGAAUGUGUACAAGCCCUGGUUUUAGAGAGACUGUCAACACUGGUGUUGUACUGUAUUGUAGUCACCUCACAGAGAUACCAUCUAUUUGUGUGGACUGUAUUCUCACCAAAACUCCUCUACGAAGGAAUGCUCACUGUUAUGAUGUCUAUAGCAUCUUUUGUGAUUUUGCUAUUUGUUGAUGUGGUGAAGUAAAGAAUUACAGUGGAAUUACUUUUUUGAAUUAUAUUUUUUGGAAUACAUAACUAAUUUCCAUAGCAUGGUGCUGUUAAUUAAACUGGAAUUUUAUAAAAAUAUUGUUAAAAUAAAAACAUCUUCUUACCA